CAUGGUUCCUAGUUGGGUUCGUUAAUCACUGCACAACGAAGGGAACUCCCAAAGCCCACCUCAUUUGCUUGGUGUUGGAGGUCAUAUAUUUGGCUUCCUGUAAACUCAUCAAGAGGCAAUUUGCUGAAAGCCAAGUCAAUGAAUGAUGUAGUAGCCAAAUGGGGCAUUUUCUGAAGGAUCAAGUUGCUAUAUGAUUAACGCACCAAAGCCUGCUAAAUUUACCAAUUCACAGAAAAACUAUUGUCUAUGGAGUUCAUGGCAAAUUGCUUUGGGCAAAUUGGCAUGGGCCUUGGGCUGGGGAGAGCCAGUUCUCUAGGGCUAAGGGCCUUCAGACACCUACUCCCAAACUUCAGCCCCUCCUCACUCUGGGAUGGGCAGCCUGAAGGGAACUGAGGUAGAGGCAAAGUAGCUUAAAAUAUUGGUAUGAAACCCAAAUGAGCACGAGUCCACAUUAUUCCCAGAAUGUUUAAGGCUGUUCCAACCAUUCUUGGGCUGACAGCCAUGGGAACUGGGUUGCCCUGCUCAGCAGCCACUAUACCCAGGGACCAACAACGGUAUCCAGAAAGGGGACAGAGGGGGGCCCUUUUUGAAAGAGGCUCGCAGAAAGGGUGAGCAUGUGGUGGGCUGCAGAUGGAAAUGUGAGAUGAGGGCCCCACCAUCCUUUGUGAACCUUGGAGGGAGAGUGGGGUGCUUCAGAGCACAGGCUGUGGGGAAGCUCCUUUGUGGCACAGUGGGUUAAGGAUCCGGCACUGUGCACCUGUGGUGUGGGCUGCAUAUGCGGGGUGGGUUCGAUUCCUGGCCCGGGAACUUCCACAUGGUGUGGGUAGAAAAAAAAAAAAAAAAAGGCACAGGUUGUGGAGCCGGACGAUCUGGUGUUGUGAGCUUGGCUUCCUUGUUUCACAUCGUUACCUGAAUCCCUCUCUUUAUGACUCGGGCCCAGCUGGAAGCUGCUGGCAUACACAAAGUAGCAGAGGAGAGGGCCAAGGAAAGGAGGUAUUUACAAAGUCAAAAGAAAAUGGAGGUGAAGAAAAGUGUCAGAUUUCGAGAGGAUGUGAAUGUGGAUAAAGGUUCUACAAGCCAGAUGACGGAUACAAAAGAUACUAGCGAUAUAAAUGAACUAGCUCUAGCUUUGGCUAAGCAUGCCAUCGAUGCUGCUGUUAAGUCCGUGGAAGAAGCUGAACACCCUGUCAAAAACAUCAACUGGAUCACACAUGGUGAAUUCACAGCAGAAAGGGGCUGUAAACAAAUUGAGGAGUUUGUUUCGAAAUGGGAGUAUCAAGGCCGCUGGGUGCACUACACCGAGUUUUUAAGGAGGGAAGACGUGAUUCAUAGCUUCUAUUACAUCUAUUGUGUACACUGGAGCAUCCCAACUGCUCGGAUACCCAUAGCACAAAUCUCUGCCGGUGUCUACUUCACCAUCAAGAUCAACAAAAACAAGCCUCCGGAUGCACCCAUUGAUGUCUCUUAUGUCUUUGAGAGCCAAAGAUUAGUUCACAGACCCGGAAUGACUCGCUUUCGAGAAAAAUGGCUGAGGGACAUAAUUGAGGCCAAACAUAUUUUAAUCGAUCCAAAUAUCUUCCAAUUCAACAGUAUUGGAAUCUUCCAGAAUAUUUUAGGUUUUUAAUCAGAGUAUAUUAAAAAUACAAUACUGCACAUCAAACCACAGAAUAUUUAUUGAAUAAUAACCUUGUGGCACACAAUUCAGCUGUAUUAUUUUUCUUUGCAUUCAUUUUCCAAUUUGCAUCUUCCAUCACACUAGCAGAGUAACCAGUAAGUUGUCUUCUAUUUUCUUUUUUUUUUUUUUUGGCUGCACCCACAACAUAUGGAAGUUUCCGGGCCAAGGAUUGAAUCCGAGCUGCAGCUGUGACCUAUGCCACAACUGCAGCAACACUGGAUCCUUAACUCACUGCACCAGAGCAGGAACUCCUAUUUUCUUUCUUUCUUUUUUUUUUUUUUUUGGUCUUUUUUGUCUUUUUGUCUUUUCUGCGGCCACAGCCUUGGCACACGGAAGUUCCCAGGCUAGAGGUUGAAUCAGAGCUGUAGCUGCUGGCCUACUCCUAAGCCACAGCAACGUGGGAUCCGAGCCACAUCUACAACCUACACCACAGCUCACGGCAACGCCAGAUCCUUAACCCACUUAGCAAGGACAGGGAUGGAACCCGCAACCUCAUGGUUCCUAGUCGGAUUUGUUAACCACUGAGCCGCGAUGGGAACUCUGGGAACUCCUAUUUUCUAAAAGGUUUUUCCUGUCACUAUCCACAUCACUCAGUCUUACAUGUACAAAAGCUGAGUUUAGGGAGUUGCUCAAAUUAACCUGUCACACUAAACUGAGAUUGGUCCUUGGCUGCUUGUUCCCCCAUUUGAGCCUAAGUCUCCAGCCUGGACACACCUCUUUCAUGGGUACAACUAGAGAAGAGAAAAAUGGCAACAGUUCUCCAGCUCAUAAUAUAACCAGUCUGAAGGGUUUCCCUACUUACAGAUACCCCUCCACCUCUUUUUUUUUUUUUAACUGCAAGUUAAGCCUCACUGUUAAACAACAGAUUCUGAAACUCUAACACUGGGUAUGCUGCCUAUCACAACACAGCAUCACAACUGUGAGGGCAGCAGGGUGGCUUGAGGACCGGGUGCAAUGACAUAGGGAAGGUUCAAUUGCUACCCUUAUUAUUUCUUGUCUUCCUCCCAUCCUCACACCAGAUCAUCACUUGUUCCUACUCCUACUAUCCCUAUGAAGCUAUCUUGUCUGGCUGCAAAAUUUUAAAACACCAAAGACAAAAUUGCAUUAUGAGUGAUUACUUACAGGUAUGUCAAUGAUGAACUUAUGUAGGCAAGCACUGGAAGGGAUCAAAGAAUUUUAAAGGUGAUUGAUGGAGUAAGACUGUGAGUCAGUUUUCUUCUUUUAACUGUUACAUUUUUGCAAUAAAUUAAAAAGGAGGGAAAAUCAUAUCAGAGCAACAGGUGAGGAGGUGGGAAACUAGGUAAGUCUCCUCAGAGAACAAAAAGUAUAUUUCAAUACAAUAGCCCUGCCAUUUGACUUACAGCUAAGGAGACUAAAACAAAGUUUGAAGCAGUAACUGUAAUAGGCUGAAAAUAAAAUACUUUUAGCCCUUAUAUUCUUCCACCUUCUUUCCUUCUCAAAGGAUAUGAUACUGAAGCUAUUCUUUGGCAGAUCUUUCCUCAACAAACCUUGAUGAGAGAUUUAGUAAAGUUCUGACAUAAAUUAAUAUAUGUUCUUUCAUUUAUUCAACAAGCAUUUGUUGAGUAGAUAUCUAUUCUGUUCAGGAGACAGGAGAAUCCAAUGAAAAUCCACAAUAUUCAUAGAUCACAAAAUUGUUGCAUUUAAACUACCUUGCUAACUGAAUGAAAAUCAGAGAACAAAACCAUUCAGUCUCUAGGAACCAGAAACAAACAAACAAAAAUAAUAUUCUUAGAGAACAAAAUUUUUACUCGUUAUUUUAAAAUUUUUUUGGCUGUACCCACAGCAUGCAAAAGUUCUUGGGUCUGGGGUGGAACCCGCAUCACAGCAGUAACCAGAGCUACAGCAGUGACAAUGCCAGAUCUUUAACCCACUGAGCCUCCAGGGAAUUCCAAGAACAAAAUUUUUAAAUGGGGAAUAUAAGUUUAGGUUUUAUUAUACAGGGAUGUAGAUGGAUUAUGACUCACAAACUUGGGACCUAGUUUCCUUUUAAUUUUUGGAAAUAAUAGAUUUAUUAGGCUAGGCAGCAAUGAUGAUAAAUCAAAAUCACUUCAAAUUCAUGGGUUAUAACUGUUACAUGCCAACUGGCUGUUUAGUUCAUUAAUUGUGAGUUAAAAAUAUACAUUUUCCUGGGAGUUCCCUUCGUGGCUCAGUGGUUAACGAACCCGACUAGGAUCCAUGAGGAUGUGGGUUUGAUCCCCUGCCUCACUCAGUGGGUUAAGGAUCCAGCAUUGCCAUGAGCUGUGGUGUAGGUUGCAGAUGUGGCUCGGAUCCUGCACUGUUGUGGCUGUGGUGCAGGCCAGCAGCUGUAGCUCUGAUUUGACCCCUAGCCUGGGAACUUCCAUAUGCCGUGGGUGUGGCCCUAAAAAGAAAAAAAAAAUCCUAAAACAUAUUUUAAAUAAAAAUUUUGAUCUCUUCUUUGAAAUAUGACUGCCUUAUUUUAAAACUUAAAAAAAAACCCAUUUUAAACUAUUAUAAGGAGAGAGGGCAUUUUAUAGCAGCGAAGUCAGAGAUUCCCCAUCACUCAGAUAAUUUAAAUUUAUCCUAGGCACCUAAUAAUGCAGCUCAAAAGAACCUUAACAAAAAUAGUAAAAACUCCUACUGUCCCUCCCCCUUCACUCGUGUGUCCUAACAACUAAACUUGACAAAAGGAGGGAAGGAAAAGGAUCAUGAUUUUGUAGUCCCAGAUUUUCCAUUUCUCCCAAACUUAAAACUUAGUUUAAAAAGUGAUAAAGAGAGGGGGUUCUAUAUGAAGUUAAAGAUUAAACUGAAUGACAGAUGUAAAAAACAAACUGAAAAGUUUAACAAUAUUUAA